CAAAAUUGCAGCAUUUGUUUUCCUUUUUUCUCUUGCUUUCUUGGAAGUAAAGAGUAUGGGCUCCCCAAGGAAAGGGAAUUCCUCCUCCCUUACCAAUUUGCUUCUGCUACAUUUCUUUCCCUUCGUCUCUUUUUCUUGAUUUCUUGCCAUUGCUUAGACACAAAAAGGGUUCUUUAUCCAAAUGGAAAACGAAGGAAUCAACCAUUAUGCCAAUCAUAGUGGUCACAAUGGAAAGUCAUCAAUGAAAUAAUGUUCUGCUUCUUGUUUUCUUGGAUUUCUCUGCACAAGAACCAGAGGAAGUGGAGGACCCAGAUUCUUGAAGGUCUCAUUUGUAAAAACCCUUCCCACCAUCGAACCCUUGCACCUACAUUUCUCCUUUCCCCCCUCUGAUUACUUCUCAGUACAAGAAAAGCAGGCGCAAAAGAAGGGUUUUCUAAAAAUCCCUCCAAAACAGAGAGGAAAAACCAACAGAGGGGUUAGGGUUUAGUACCACUGGCGGAGAGUUUAUUACUCCAGUUGAUGGAAGCGAAGAUGUGUUUCUUUCACCAAUCAGCACACCCAGGAAAAGCGGCAUUGGAGGUGGAUGCGACACAAAAAUCCAACAAAGAAAGCCCACUGAUGACAGUCCGUGAUGCUUUAAAUUCAGCACUUGACGAAGAAAUGUCUGCUGAUCCCAAAGUCUUUCUAAUGGGUGAAGAGGUUGGUGAAUACCGAGUUGCGUAUAAGAUCUCUAGAGGGCUUUUGAAGAAAUAUGGCCCUGAGCGGGUUCGUGAUACACCUAUCACCGAGGCUGGAUUUACCGGUAUUGGAGUUGGAGCAGCAUAUUUUG